GUGGGAUUUUCCAGAUUGGUAAAGUAGAAAAAUACGGAUCAAAAAGGAGGGAAUAUACAGGAGGACAUAUACAUAAGAACACCAGGCCAGCAACACAUGCCAAGACAUCAAACAAAGUACAGCAAAACAAGGAAGGGGAGCAUUCUCACCAGAUUGCCCUCAUUCGAAGGAGUAAUUGAAAGAGAGAACGAAAUCAAAACCGCCAUGGUACUACAUUUGAACUUCUACAUAACCUAAGUAGCAGUUUCUUCCCAAGAUCUCUGAUGCCACUGAAUACCACUCUUAUCUAAGACAGACCCGCCAGACCU